AUGGGUUACUCUAGAGACUUCAGCGCUGCGCUCAAGCCUGCUGCACCGGAUGGCGCUACGGUGAUUGGCAACGAGCGAAGCCGUUCGAGCAUCGAUAUACAGCAGCUGUCUGAGCAUUUGAUGGGGUCUGAGUAUCUUGAGCGCCAACGACGGGUUCUGACCAUCUUGCAACAAGAGAGGAUAUUCUCCAAGUCAACCCAGGCAAACCUCUCACGACCGGACAGGUAUAAGCUUGGCCUCGCUCGUGGAAAGCGUAUGAGACAACUCCAAGACAAGCACGGUUGGGACGACGAUGACUUCUUAAUGGCUGAAUACCUUGUCGACGACAUUCAACCAUACCAUCUCCAUAUUUCGCUUUUCACCGCUGCUGUCCGUGAGCAGGCGAACGAUGAGCAGAGGCGGUACUGGAUGCCCAAGAUUUCAGCGUGGGAGAUUAUCGGUGCUUAUGCCCAGACGGAACUGGGCCAUGGGAGCAAUGUACGAGGGAUAGAGACUGAAGCACGGUGGGACCCGACCACGAAAGAAUUCAUCCUUCAUAGUCCCACGAUCACGGCGAGCAAGUGGUGGAAUGGCACACUUGGCCGAACAGCGAACUAUGCAGUUGUCAUUGCCCAGCUCAUGUUACCUGAAAACGGGACCUACAAGUCAUACGGGCCGCACCCGUUCCUCGUUCAGAUACGCGAUCUCAAGACGCAUCGGCCUCCCCAAAGUAUCGUCGUCGGCGAUAUAGGCCCGAAGUAUGGAUACGCUCCCAUGGACAACGCGUAUUGCUUGUUCAAUCACCACCGUAUUCCGCACGGCGCUAUGUUGUCCAGACACUCUCGCGUCGAUCCAAACACUGGCGUUUACGUCAAGCCGAAGAAUCCAUCUUCGGUCUAUGGCCAGCUUACUCGAGGACGUUCAGUCAUUGUCAUGAAUGCGCGUCUGGUGCUGGCUCGAGCCGUGACAGUGGCGGUACGCUAUCUGUCGAUUCGACGACAAUUUCGUGACCAAGAUAAUCCGACUCAGCCGCUGGAGACCUCUGUGCUCGAUUACACCACGGUGCAGAUACGAAUUCUGCCCCUUUUGGCAACGACGUUUGCCCUUCAUUAUUCCGGUGCUUACAUGCGGCAGCUGUACGAAAGUACACGCAAGAACGAUACCACAAUUGACACGGUCGAUCAAGCUGCUCUCUCCGAACUGCAUAGUACGUCAGCCGGGCUGAAGAGUCUAGCCACCACGCUCGCUGCAGACGGAAUCGAGGUCUGUCGACGAUCUAUGGGCGGCCACGGGUUCGGCGGAGGUACAGGCCUCGUGCAGCUGAAUGCGGACUAUUUGUCCAAGCCAACGGUGGAGGGUGACAACUGGAUGAUCACGCAGCAGGUCGCGCGGUAUCUCAUCAAGAAGGUGAAGGAGCAGGCACAUGCGUCGAAAAUCCAGCCAUUGAGCCAGACCGAGAAGCAUAUCAAAACGUAUCUGUCCGCCCAAUCUCAAGAGCCCAAAUUUGACGUUCUGAAUCGCGACCAGUCCAUUGUGGAUGCUUUCAACUGGCGUAUGGCCUGCAUGGCAUGCCGCGCAUACGACGCCAGAGAGGUCCGGAAGAGAUCUUGGAACAGUCUGCUCAUUGAGUUCCACAAACUCAGCAGGGCCUACUCCCAGGCCAUGCUGGUGUCGAACUUCUACGCCGCGGUAGCCGGCGACAACAACAACGAGGUCGCUCUUUCGGAUUCAUCGACGCGCUCUGUUCUACUGGACCUCUUCCGAUUGUUUGCCCUUCAUACCAUGGACUCGGAAGCUCGGGAGUUUCAGAACUCCGGCGCAGUUUCCUCGGACGAUCUGAAUGAGUUGCCCUCGAGAGCGCUGGAGCUGAUGGAAAGAAUAAGGCCACACGCUGUUCGGCUGGUAGAUGCGUGGGCAAUCCCGGACUAUUUGCUUGACAGUGCACUCGGACGGUACGACGGCAAGGUCUAUGAGGAUCUCUUCCAUCGCGCACACAUCUUGAAUCCUCUCAACAAGGUCACGUUUAACCCUGACUACAAGACUGACGAGAUCGUUAUGGGAAGUGGUGAUGCAGGGCAGAUCCUGGCGAAGUUGUAG